AUGGCAAGGAAGACGCUUCUGCUGUGCUUUAUCCAUGGCUUCCGAGGUGGCAACCUCACAUUUGGAGACAACUAUCGGUUCACAGAGCACCUGCGGGACAUGGUGGCCAAGGAGCUGCCGAAAAUCGAUGUCAAGGUGCUGGUAUAUCCGAAAUAUGAGACGCGCGGAGACCUGGGUGACUGCGUGAUGCGCUUCCGCACAUGGCUUGAAGAAAAAGUCAUUGAUUUGGAAGUUGCGGCGGGCACGCCCUCGCCCACGCUCGACCCGUCGGUGCGAACCGUCCUCAUCGGGCACUCCAUGGGCGGCAUCAUGGCGGUCGAGUCGCUGCUGGGGAUCGCGUCGGAGAAGCCCAUCUACUCCGAGGACGGCAUCGAAAAGUCCGAGAUUCCCAACUUUAGCAGCAUGCUGUUCCCGUACGUGCAGGGCGUGCUGGCCUUCGACACGCCCUUUCUCGGCAUCUCGCCCGGCGUCGUGGCCCACGGCGCCGAGGGCCACUACCAGGCGGCGUCGGCGACGCUCACGCAGCUGAGCGGCCUGGGCGCCAGCAUCUGGGGCGCCAACCAGGCCGCGACAAGAUCAUCGUCGUCGAGAGCCAUCGCUGCUGCGCCGCAGAAGCCACAGCAGCAGCAGCAGCAAGGAGGCUGGCCGGCGUGGGGACGGGCGGCCAUGCUCGUCGGCGCGGCGGGGGCCGUGGCCGCCGGCGGCGCCGCGGCGUGGCUCAACCGCGAGCAGAUUGGGCAGGGCUUGUCGUCGGUCACGUCGCACCUCGAGUUUGUGGGCUGCCUGGCGCGCGCCGAGGAGCUCAAGAAGCGCGUGCAGUGCAUGGUGCAGCUGAGCGGCGAGAUGCACCUCGGCUUCGCCAACCUGUACACGCGGCUGGGCAGGGCGGCGGCGCCCAAGCAGACGAGCGUCGUGGGGACGGUCCUGGGCAAGGACCGGACGUUUUGCAACGUACCGACCGCCAUGGCGGCGGGCGAGUGGAAGCCGGCCGUCAACGACAAGGCGACGGACGAAAUCGGUGCGCAUACAGCCAUGUUUGAGGAAGACGAGAAUCCGGGCUACGACGCAUUGCUGAUUGAUGCGGCGGCGCACAUCACGAAAUGGCUACACAAUGAUUGGUACGAGAGCAGCACGGAAGAGAUACCCCAGCCCGAGGAGGAAGUGACCCCGGCAUAG